UGCAUAUAUAUACUCUCAAAACAUAAAAAAAAAGAAUAGCAUUAAAUAGAAAGCAACACUAAAUUUAGGGAGCUAAUUUCUUUUUGUAUUUCUUUUUUAACAUCAACAUAACUAUAAAUCAUAACCAAGAUCCUUUUUUUGAGAUGGACAUCUUGAAGUUUACACGAGAUACCCUGCACUAUACUGCCAGUUACUGUGAGGAGAACAUCUAUAAACUUUGUCAAGACAUUCAAUCCAGAAAACCAGAGUUACUCGAGUAUUUUCAAGUUGUUUUUAUCAGUAACAACAAUCGAGCUGUACCAUUGUGGCAACAAAAAGUAGGCCAAGAAGAAGAGCAUAUGGUGAUAUGGGAUUACCAUGUCAUUCUUUAUUUCGAAAAAGAAGGUAGUGAAUCACUUGUAUAUGAUUUCGAUACAUUACUGCCUUUCCCAGCGCCAGCAGACAUGUAUGCUAUGCACACCUUUAAGCCCAAUUCGGUAUUCAAUAAGAAAUACCAACAUGCUUUCCGACUGAUUCCAGCAGAAGUAUAUCUACAACAAUUUCAAUCUGACAGAAGCCACAUGUUAAAGAAUGGAGAGUAUAUUGCAAAACCGCCUUCUUAUCCUGCCAUCACAAGAGGGAUGCAUAAUUUGGAUAGCUUUAUUUCAAUGAACCCAAGUAGUGGUCAUGGUACAGUACUUUCAAACGAUCAAUUCUUUUCAAAACUAUUCAAUACUUUGGAUUGAUUUUGCCAGUUGUUUCAUAUUGUUUAAUAGCCUCUAAUAAAGCUUCUUCAGGCACGCGAUGUUGCAUUAAAAAUUGAUCAUUUAAAUGGACAACAGGAAUAUCAAAGAUGUAUUUAUCUCGGAAUUCUUUAGGACAAUCUUUGUCUUUAUGAAUAUCAAGUACUUUUAAACUAAAAGGCGCCUUUUUUUGUACUCUAAGUAUAGACUCUUUUGCAGUUGUACAUAGAGAACAAGUACUUGAAGAGAACAAAGUCAAAGCUACUUUUCUAGUUGUCAUUGAAAUUAAAGAAAAAGAAAAGAGGUGUUAAACAAGU